AUGCCCACCUACCCACACACCCUCCUUCCGACCUGGGACCCAGACGCGGACGGCGCGCUCAAGGGCUUCGGCGCCGCCGCCGCCGACUCGGACGCCACGGUGGCCCCCGGGCCGGGCCGCCGGUCCCGUCCCUCUCCCUCUUCGACUCGCGGUCUUCGGACCGUGUCCGUGCUCUUCGGGGUCCUCCCGACGCUUGCCGUCUUCGCGCUGCUGAACCCGCCCGCGCACGUGCUCUCCUACAUGGGCGCCGCGCAGGCGCUGCUGUCGGGCCUCCUCGCGCUCUACCUGCUCGUCCCCGCUCUGCUAGCCCCAGCCCGCGGCCCCCGCGCCUGGGGCCGCCGCCGCCGCCCGGCCCACGUGCUCGGGCUCUGCCUCGCGCUCCUCUGGCUGCGCCUCGCGCUCCUCGCGAUCGCCACCGGCCUUGACCCGCAGCAGGACGUCGUCAAGUGGAUCAUCCUCGCGUUCGGCUUUCUCGAGAUGCUCUGCGCGAUCGCUACGCAUACAUUGGUGUUUCUCCCCGAGAAGCCCGCGCCGCCAGCCGCAGGGCCCGAGCCCACGGCCAGCCCGUCGGCCGAAGGCGCCGACGCCGACGCCGACGCCGAUGCGGCCUCGGACACGGAGACCCUCGCCGACAACUCCGGCCCGGGUGCCGAUUCCAGCAUCCUACAGCCCGAGUCCGAGUCGCUGCCCGACGGCCGCCCCCCGCCGCCCCCCGGGCCGGUCGAGAUACAUGCGACGCUCGUCGCUGGCCCAGGGGCGGCGACCGCGAGUGCAGCUACUGCGUCUGCAUCUGCAGCUGCGGUGGCACUGGCAUCUGCUGUCGUUGGCAGUAUUGGAGGGAGCAAUGUGCUGCUUCCGAGUCCCAGCUCAGCGUAG